AUGUUGGACGAAUGGCUAGGCCGCAAUCCGGAUACUUUCGAGGGUGUUCCUGAGACCGCGCUCUCGACCAAAGGAUGUCUUGAGGUCAUAAUGCUUGCCAUGCAGUCUAUCCCACCAUAUCUCCGACGACCAGAAUGCUUUCAGAUCGAUUUCUGGGACUACAACUAUCAGAAUAUAUUCAUCGACGGCGACUGCAAUAUCACGGGUAUACUAGAUUGGGAUGGUGAUCGAGCCGUGCCGCAAGAGAUAGGCUGCACCCGCUGUCCUUCGUAG